GGCUCAGAUGUCGCUUUGUGGUCGGCUAUGUUUUGGUGUAGUUGGCGAAAACGUCCUGGGACAUUUACCUGAAAAAAAAAAAAAAAAAAAGAAAAUUAAUAAUUACAAGAAAAAGGUUUUCAUGGAUACCGGUUUCUGGUCCUCGUUUUUCAUAAGUGUCCUCGCACUGUAAGAAGUACAAAUGCCGCACUUUGUUUUGGCUAACCUUGGAUGCAACUGUUUUUAGCUCUGACCAGCUGGCACGGCGCGAGCAAGCUAAAAUGAUAUUUGAACUGUCCGGGGGUUAUUAUUAGCAAUGAACGAAUAUUCGUUCACUUUGCCUGUUUUUCUCCUGUUUUCCUCAGGACCAUACAGAUAAACUGUUGGAAGCCGAAAAGCUGCCCGUUACCGCUGCAUGUCGGGCCGAGUAGAAAUGGACGCCCCUGUCCCAUUAAUUUCAACAGAUUUUCAACGAUAACCACCAGCGACCUCGAAUCAGCGCUGCUCACAUCAGAUCGUGGUUGUUGGAGUUUUCUAUGAUCCCCUCGGUCUAUGCCCAGCUAGAUUCGGUGGAAUUGUUUCUGGACGAGCUCCCAUAUAUGUUUUAUUUGGGCCUGUUUUUUGUGAACGUCCUCAUCCUCUACUAUGCUUUUCUGAUGGAGUACAUCGUCCUGAAUGUGGGGAUAGUAUUCUUACCUGAGGACAUGGAUCAAGCACUGGUGGACCUUGGGGUGCUGUCCGACCCGGCUUCCGUACCUUAUGACACCGACCCGGAGCUGGAUGUGUUUUAAGGAUACCUGGAAUGACAGGGUGGGACUGAGGAAGCACAGAGAUGGGGACAUGGCUCACAAUGGGUGCUGCUGCAGGCUACUUCUCACAGAGACAUUUGAUUGAAAAAGUUAUUUUCUUAAACUAAAAUAUACACAAUGCCAAAACAGACAGGUUGUCUUGGCUCCAAGUAAGGUGGCCGGAUGAAGAUUAGACUGAUGACCAUCUCUUCUGCAGCACUGUGAUGUGCAGCACCUGUGGCUUUGGCUUCAGACACAAUGAAAAUGAACUCUCCAUGUGCUCCCAGUAAAGACUGAAAGCUAUUCUCUGUUACUAAGUAAUAGAGGAUAGCUGUGAUGAUUUGCAUGAAGAUCCACUCCUUGCUCCAACAAAAAAAAAAACUUUCCAUCUUAUUUUUAUUUGAAUGAAAAUACCUAAAAAAGGAGAAAACAAUAAAAAAAACUAGUCAUAUCCAUUUGAGUGUCUUCAGCUACUCAAUGAAACAUUGAGAACUGUUUCAUCAUCCACUUAUAGGCACGUUUAGUGUUUGAUCACUCAAAGAAGCAGAAUCUAUCGAUGCUGCAGCUUGUUCACUAAGUCAGAAUAGGUCUUUUUUAGGUUCAUCUCUGUAUCCCAGCAUCAUCAGGAACACACACACUCUCAGGAGUAAAGUUAGCAUCUCUGGGUGUACUGGUUAGACAAAAUGCUAUUACUGGAGAUAUGCUGUGAAGCUUUGAUAUAGUGAAACAAAAUGAAUAAAGUUCUGCUUCUUAUGCUGUUUUUACUACCGUGUUUAAAGGGAUUUUUGUUUUUUACAGUUUCUGUUCUGUGCGAAUACAUUGCAGUUUUCCUGGCAAAUGUUUUCAGUGUUAUAAAUGAAAACCUUUGGAGGAGAUUUUUAAUUUGUGUUCAACAUGGGGUUUAAGGAUGACUGAGGGACUUUGCAUGAUUUUGAAAUUCCCCCCAUGUUCUGACUCUGUUUAUUGAAAAACAAAUCUGAAUUUCUUUUCGUAAAGCAUAUUUUCUCAAAAGCAAUAAUAAGCUAAUAAUGUUCAAUUAGAUAUUAAUGAGACCACUCACCUAAUUUAGUAAAUAUGUUUACUAAAAUGCUAGAAUUGAUACUAUAUUUUGUUUAUGAUGCACAACAUGUAGUGCAGAUUAGACAAGGACAACAGAAACUAGUAUUUUUCACUCCAUAAUAUUUAUUUACCACAAUAAAAUGAAUUUCUAUGCUGCAUUGAACUAGUCAGCUGCUGUAUGGAGACAAAAUGAUGCAGCUUUUAAACUUUAAUGUAUUUUUUUUUUUUUUUUUGAUGGCUGAUCUUCAGUCUGUCUUCCUGCCCCCUCUUCAGACUGCCCUAUUUUUCAUUUGAAUAACACUGCCUGGUGUGCUAACAUGGCUAUUUGGAUAGCCCGACCAAUCUUGAAUUAAACAGUAAAUGUAAGUAUUAA